AUGAUGAAAUCGACAAUUCUUGAACUUUUCUUGUGGUGUAUUGUCGCGUCGUCUGUAGCGGCGCGAUUUGGCCAGCCUCAACACCAGACUUCUAAGUACAAUGACGAGCAUGACUUGGACUUCUCAGAUGAAAGCAAUCUAGGUUAUGCCUCCCAGACAGAUGCAAUUGAUGCGUAUGAGGCGAAGGGUCACAAAGGUUCUGAAGGCUUCGGUCACGGCAAAGGUCCCCAUCGUGGUCAUAACGAAUUCCAGGCCCAUUCAGGCCACGAUUGGUCGUAUCGCGGUGGCUCGCAUGGUCACGAAGCGCAUCCUAAAUACGGUAAUGAGGACUAUGGUAGCAAGGGAAGCGGUGGUUAUCACGCCAAACCUUUCCAUGAUGCAUAUGAUUACGGCAACGACAAACUCAAUGGCAAUAGCUAUAAGCAUGCCGGAUUGACAGGAGCCUACCCUCAACCGACCGAAUCAGAGUCUACAGAGCCUACAGAGCCUACAUCAACGGACACUGGAACAAUCUCACCAGGUCCCGACUCAACCUCGACAACGCCCACGACGGAUACAAGUACUAGCAGCACGACGUCGUUGGCUCCAACGUUCACUGAAAUCCUCUGUCCAGAAGUCGACCUGCAAUGCGUAGACAACUUUUAUGUAGGAUGCUCAAAGAAGUUCAACCAGAUCAACCCAUCGCAGCAGUCCAGAACCAAGAUCGAAGGAGUGCAAGACGCGCGGAUAUGCCACCAACGAUGUCUAGACGACCCAACUUGCACAGCAUGGGAAGACUCGGAUAUGCCAUACGGCCAGUACGGAGAAUGCUACCACCACCACGAAGUUAUUACUCUCAACCUCACUGCGCCCUACGUCGCGUCCUCCCUUGGAGUAGACUCUUUCGGCGUUCGAAACUAUUGCCAACUGUCCCCGGGCCCCCUGGAUCCCAUACCGCCUCCCUUUGCGCCGGCGACCACCACCGUGGUCACCAUCCCCACCUCGUCAUCAAGCGAUCUUUGUCCGUCUUUUGACAACCAGUGCCUCAAUGGCCUCAGCAUAUUCUGCGAUAGAUCCCUCACCUCGGACGCCGUACCUAACCCCUUCUUUGGCUGCUCGAUUCAGUUCGACAUCACGACUGAGCGCCAAUGCCACGAGGCGUGCGCGGCCAACAGGCCCGCCUGUCGCGGCUGGCAAGUGUACCCCGACGGCGACUGCUGCCACAUUACGGAAGGAUUCGUCUCCCCAAUGAACCCGCUGCCGCCAAAGACGCCAGAUACGGUUGGGUACUCCUUUGCCAGCAACCAGGGAUGUACGACCACGGCGGAUGACAUCCUGUGUGGCGAGGACCAGUGUACAGAUGGUAUCCGCGUCCAAUGUCGCCGAGACUUGAGCACGGAUGCGGCCACGGGCAUCAGCGAUGCCGUGGGAACUCCUAAUGUCAGGACGGUCCUGGCGUGCCAGCAGGCCUGCGCCGAAGACGACAUGUGCCAUGCUUGGUACGGCUACAUCAUUGAAAAUGAAUUCGACAGCGGGCUUUUCAGUUACUCAUUUGGUUGUUUCCGUCUACUCAAUCGCACGAUUACACUGAGGUCAGAUCGACCUGCGGGACCUCCGAAUACGCUUUUCGCUACCUACUAUGGGAUCAAAGGGCUUUGUUGA